CUAUCAUAUUAUGUAAUGCUGGGAGUGUAGCAGAUUGUGUUGUGUUAUCAGCGCAAUGUGGGAGGGUGAAAUGAAGCUGAUAGGAAGUCUCCUGGCCUUUAAAAACAUAUGAAACAGCAGACAGUGUGGUGAGAGACAAAGCAUCAAAACUACGGAGCCUUCUGUGAAGCCAUGGCCUCCAGUCUCCCCCUCCUCCUGUUGGUCCUGUGCAGUCUGACUGUAGCUGAAGCCCAGCUAAAGCUGUUUAACCUGCGGGCUAGCGACCUUCCCUCCAAUAUCCUGGGAACUGCAGAUGCCUAUGUCAAGGUGUUCAGUGGCUCGGCCAUGCUGGGUAAAACAUCUGUUCGCAACAAUAACCCAAACCCCUGGUGGGAGGAGGAGUUCACCCACUUCAAGGCUCAGGAGAAUGACAUACUGAGGCUCGAGGUUCAUGACAGUGACUUCCUCUUUGAUGACCUGCUGGGAGUCUGCCAAAGACAGAUGAAGCUGGGAACCCAGGAGCAUGACUGCUUCCUGGAGAAAGGCGGAAUCCUCCAUUACUCCUAUACCCUCGAUAGACAAAGCCAGUAGACUUCUAUAGAUGUAUGAGACCUUUGGCUGUUACAGGCAAUCUGUAUUUACCACAGCAUGAUGCUAAUGUGUAGGUCCUGCAAUCUAUUAUUCAGGUUUUUGAUGUGAUAAAUCAUUACCCAAAGAGACAUGCUAACAUGCUUUAUUCAAUAAACCCUUUAAAUAUUAA